AUGGCAGGCGAGGCCGUCACGGCCAUGAUCGUGGCUGCCGACGCCGGCGACAACCCGCUGGCGGACCGCCGCGAGGACCGGGAGGCGGCGGCGGCGCGGGAGAAGAAGGCGAAGGUGGCGAAGCUCAACUCGCAGACGGCGAACGCGAUGGAGGUGGUGCGGGCGCAGCAAGCCGCGAAGGAGCGGGGAGCCUUCGACGAGGCGGCUCUCAGGGCGAACGAGGUCGCGGGAGCGCCGGUGAAGGGCACCUCAUCCAUGGUCGAGAGCAUCUUCGCUUCUAGACGCGAGUCCAAAGAUCGGCAGAUGGUGCAGCGGCGCGAGCAGCGGAAGACCCAGACCGGCGCGGGCACUGGCGCGCAGGUUGUGGAUGGCCUGGAGAAGGUGGCGGCGUCAGCAAUCGAGAUGUACCAGAAGGGCGGCGCCGACGCACUCACGGCUGUGUCGAACUACCCGCAGUUUGUGUCGUGGCUGGCCACAUUUGCUACGUUUGUGCAGUGCUUCUAUCCGUCGUGCGGCUGGCGGCACAAUUUGCCGUUGGAUGGGAGCGGAGGGAAGCCGAUUGCCAUCCCGGCGAAGCUGGUGGUGCUCUACCUGGCGAUGGUUGCCAACGGCCUGGUGCCGAUUGGAGGGUUUGUGUGCGACUUCGAGGACGGGUCGGCGUCGUUUGCUGCACGAGGGGGGCGGGUGCCGCACUCCAAGAGCAGGCCGCUGGGCGGGAAUGACAUGACAACUUCACGAUGA